AUGAAUCUUAUAAGAUCGGAAAUUGGGCGUCUUGCCUUAACAAUCGCGGUACUAAGUGAUUUCUUUGGGUUAACUAUGCUUAUUAUUUUUGAAGCAAUGAAGCAAGGAGAAAAAAGGAAGGAUUUUAUAUGGUAUUAUUUAUCAUCGGUAAUUGGGAUUAGUACCUUAUUAUUUGCAGGCCUACCAUAUGUAGUAAAAUGGAUUAAUAAGAGAACUCCUGAAGGUAAAAAUGUGGACCAAAAUUAUAUUAUUGCUAUUUUGCUAGCAGUUUUUUUGAUUGGGUUUGCUACUGAUUAUGUUGGGGCCGCAAUUGGAACUGGGCCCAUUUGGCUUGGGCUUGCUAUGCCUAAUGAGCCCCCAGUUGGAGUAGACGUUAUGCGAAAGACGGUGGUUAUUUUGACCGACAUUCUUAUGCCCUUUGCAUAUGCUACUGUUGGACUUUCCACGGACGUCUUUGAAAUUACUGCAUAUUGGAAUGACUUAAUUCCCAUCUUUACUAUUGUUUUUAUGGCUAUCUUAGCCAAGUUUGUGACAAAUGUUAUGUUGGCCCGAUUUAUGGAGAUGUCGUAUAAAGAUUCAUUUAUUCUGAGCAUCAUGCUUAUCCUUAAAGGUCAAACCGAAUAUUUUCUAUGCCUUCACUGGAUGGACUUAGAGAUCAUAAAAACACCAGCUUUCUCAUUGAUAGUGAUUAUGACAACCAUAUUGACGGCCAUAUGCUGCCCCAUAAUCGGGUACAUGUAUGAUCCAACAAAGUCGUACUUGGUCAACAAAAGAAGAACCAUAGAACACACGGUGCAAGGCUCUGAACUACGAAUCCUUGCGUGCAUUUAUGACCAAGAAAGUGUGGCCAACCUAUUUAGCUUCUUGGACUUGGCAAAUCCAACUUCAAACAACCCAUUUACGGUUUUCACACUCUACCUAAUCGAACUCGGUCGAGGCAGCCCAAUGUUUAUCGAUCACACGAAGCAUAUUAACGCGUAUUGGGACAACAACAACGAGGUCAUACAUAGUGCAAUCAAGCACUACGCAGAGGCUCGUACGGAUUACAUUACUAUGAGAAGUUUUACUAGUGUUACCCCAAAUCGAACAAUGUACCAAGAUAUAUGUGAAAUUGCCUUGCUGUACAAGGUUAAAUUUAUAAUUUUACCGUUCCAUAAGAAAAGUAUAAAGGAUGGGAGUGAUUAUUCAAUUUACACAAGGCCAGGGGUACAAUCGUCAAAUGCUAAUACAUUAUCCCAUGCACCUUGCUCCGUGGGAAUUUUGGCAUGUAAGAAUGAUGCAACAUGGGGAACAAACCCAACUCCAAUGUCCCUCCAAACACACCGCCAAUUUGUCAUGCUAUUCCUUGGUGGUCCUGAUGCCCGUGAGGCUCUUUCGUUGGCGAGUCCAAUGGUGGAACAUCCUUACGUGUCGUUAAUUGUGAUUCGAUUCUUGCCAACUGAGAAUAGAGGGCAUCUUAAGUCCGAAAGGAAGAUGGAUGAUGGAGUGGUAACUUGUUUUUGGGUUCAAAAUGAGUGGAAUGACAAAGUUGUGUACAAGGAAGUUUUUGUGAAAAAUGGUCUUGAUACUGUUUCAACUAUACAAUCGUUGAACAAUAGCAUUCCGGUAGAUCUUUGGAUUGUUGGGAGGGAAAAUGGAAUUAAUCCAAUUUUACUGGAGGGUUUAUCAGAUUGGAGUGAAAAUCCCAAACUAGGGUUAAUAGGUGAUUUUUUGGUGUCCAUGGAUGUUAAUACCUCAGGAGGAUCUGUAUUGAUAGUGCAACAACAAGUAUUAAGAGAUCCACAAUGUAUACCAUGGGGUUGUUACUAGAUCAGAUUUUUUUUUUUUAAAUUAAUUUUUAUGAUUCAUCGAUCCUUUUUUUUUUUUAUUUAUUUUAAAAUCUCAAUUUGUAACUGAUAACACCAAAAUGUGUUCUAGAGUUUCAAGUGUACAUAUUUUUAUUUAAACUUAUAUUUGAUGGUUAAAAAACAAAAACAAUCCCAACUUUGGUAAAAUAUUGAUGAUGAUUAGGAAUAAAUUACAUUUGCAAUGGCAAUGAAAAUGUAGUCAUUAUAAAGAUUAAUUUACACCAU